AUGGGUAGAAUGAGUUUGUUUGUGGCUGGGUUGUCCCAUCUAUCAAGAAAAGAGGGCAGGGCAGCGAUGCUAAUUGGGGACAUGGAUUUAUCGAGGUUAUUGGUAUAUGUGCAGCAGGUUGAGAAAGAGAAGUUAAGGGAUAGGGAGGAGUUUAGAAACAAGAAGGCUAAGACAGGGAAUGAGUCCAGGAUUCAGCAAAAGCAAAAAGGGUCUGCUUCAUCGUCUGCUAGUGCACCUGCACCCAGAAACAAAGACAGGGCUUCACCUAUAGGAGCUACUUUCGGUACUGGCGAAAGAGCAAUCCAUCUCUACGCGAUCACUAGUCUCCAAGAGCAAGACGACUCUCCAAAUGUUGUCACUGGUCAUGUCGUUCGGUUUAACCACUGCACGUGCAGCGUUCAUGGACCUUAUGAAUAG